AUGAAUUUAAUUAAUUGUUUAGAUUUAAGUCAAUAAAUAGUGAAAUAGAUUUUUCGAAGUAAAUACAAAUCAAAAGUGGAUACUAAUUUCAAUAUUGAAUGUAAUUAAAUACGUAAGAAAUGGAACAAUAAUGGAUAAAACCAUAUCGUAAUCUAAUUUUAUUUAUGCAAAUCAAGAAAAUAAUAUUUAGUAGAAGAAUGGAAUAUCAUUUGCAUUUAAUAAUAAAUAAGCGAUCAUAUUCAAGAUUAAUUUAAGAAGUGUGAAUAAUUAGCUUCAUAAACUCCAUUAUGUUUAAAAUAAGACAAUUAAAUUGAUCACAUUAUACAUUUGAAUGAAAAUAAACGAACAGAUUGGAUAGAUCCUAGUUUAAUCUUAACUAGUUAAUUACAAUUAUCUAAUAAAGUAACAAUUAAUGUGGCUUACUUAUCAACUUUAGAGAUAAUAGAAAGAGAGAUUCAAGAAUCAACUAAAGACUCAUUGCCAUUUAGAAGAGAUAGAUUUCUAUCAGAUGAUAUUCAAUAAAGUAUGUAUGUAUUUAUAUGCAAUAAAGAUAAUCGAUUAAGAAGAAGCACAGAUAUAGAUGGAUUAAGAUAAUAUAAGAAGAAUAAAGAAAUAUUGACUAAAGUUAUGAAUAGAAUGAAUGAUUCAUUUUGUAAGAUAUUAAUAAUAAUCAUUAGCUUCUACUUCUAGUAAAAAUAAGUCAACUUAAUUAUUGACUAUAAUCAAUAAGAAAGAUGAUAUUGAAAUUCUAUCAUCUCCUGAAGAUGCAUAAAAAAUUAUUGAUGAAGAUGAAAAUGGAGAUUAUGAAAUUUAAAUGAUUAUUGAUGAAGAACCUAUCAUCAAAGGUCAAACCAUUAUCAUCAAAUCAUAACAACAAUAAUUUCAUCCAAUUAUAGAUUACAUUUUUAAAAUAAGAAAUAAGAAACAUAAUUAUAAUACUUAAUUAUUUGAUACAAUGAAUUUUAUUAAAAAUUAUUACUGA